AUGGAGCAGCACCACGACGGCGCCAAGAAGCCCCUGGGCGGCCUGUCGCCCCGCGGGCUGCUGAAGCGCGGCUGGAAUGGCGUCACGAGUCCGCUGAGCGCUCUCAAGGACUCGGUCGUGGCUGCAGCGACGCCCCGCUCCGUGGCCGCGACCCCCACGAGCCGGAUGACGUUGCCCAGCCCCACCGAGUAUCCAAGCCUCUUCGACGUGCGAGGGCCGAGCUCCACGCGCUCGGUGGAUGGAGUGCCAGUGUCCAGUCACAAGGGCGAAGUGGAGACACAGUCAGCGCAUGAGAGCGGCAGUGCCAGGACCGGAUCGUGGGGCAGCUCGGGCAGGACGGCGGCGAGCAGCUCAGGCUGGGCGGACGAGGGGGCAGACGAUGUCCAGGGAGAGGAGGAACGGGCCUAUCUCUCCGUGUGUCACCACAACCUGCACUCGGUGCUGACGAACCCCAAGGCCAACAACUGGGGCGGCGCGCUGCUGGACGUGUUCUAUCCGACUCUGGAUGUUGAUAUUGCGUUGGCCCCGUUCCCUGGGCUGGCAGACGUGUCGACGAGGGACUUCCAGCCCUAUUUGCGGCAGUUUGGUACCAAUGCAGCCAAGUACGAGGAGAAUCAUGUGAAACCCGUCAACGAACAGCUCUCGUCAAGCAACGUGCCGUCGAUAUCAGUCGCAGACGAGGAUGUGGCCAAAUGCCUUGAAGUCGUUCCCAACUUGUUCUUUCGACCAGACUUUGAUUUCACUGAUUCCAACACGUUCGAGGAGGUUAUGAAUAUGCCGAGCUCUUCAUCCCUCCAAGAAGAGUUAACAACAUACCUGGAUCGCGUCGAGUUUACACUUCUUCGCCAGGUAUCCUCUCGAUCGAAUCGCUUUUUUGAAGCGUCAGCAGAUCAAGAAGUGAUGAAGCAGUCCAUUAAAGUGGCCUGUGAUCAAGUAGCAACGUUGAGAAAAACUAUGGAUCGAUUGCGGAAUUUGCUUGCUGACAAAACGCUCGAUAUUGUGAGCUUGCAUCGGCGCCAGAAGCGGAUUAAGGAGCUCCAUGAUUUAGUGACGAUGGUUGAGGAAGUCAAGAGCGCGGAGUCUGCGGUUGAGGCAUUAGUGCAAUGCCAAGAUUACACGAACGCACUAAACUUGAUCGAGAGUUCCCAAACGAUACUACGUGAACAUUUGCAAGGCAUUCAUGGACUUAGUUCUCUUAGCGAGAAAUUUCGUGGCUACCGCGGCUUCAUCAGCACGCAGAUAUCGCAGCGGUUCAUCUCGGUCAUUACAUCUCCUGAAUGGACAUUUCAAGACGAGGACGAGUCUGGGUACUCCGACAAAAAGCGACAGGGAAGUGUCGGUGACGAAAAGGACACUGUGCAACAGGAGACGAAGCGUCUCGUGGAUGUUCUGUUCCGAUUAGACGCACUGGACGAUACUGUGAAGACCUACCUCGACCAGCUUAACGAGGAGAUUCGCGUUAUUGUGAAGACGGUGGUUACCGAAACGAUUGCGGUGUCCAGCAGCAGCAAGAGCAGUUCCAACGAUCUAGGGGCAUCCGGUGGGAGUGAAUCGAAAGUGUCGAUUCAGCUGCGAGCGCUGACGUCGGAUGAGUUCCUUCAGUGCGUGCAGAUGAUAUUCGAGCACUUGCUCAUGGUGCUUAAGCGUGCUGUGGUGGUGCAGGGUAUUCUGGUGAAGUCAAUGCAAAAGAAGAUCGAUGAAGCCGCAGAGGAGGAGAAACGACUGAAGGCCGCUGCUCACAGCGAGGGACACAGUAACGGCACGCAGGAUUCAAAGUCUGGAGAAGGUGCUCCGUCUGAAGGCUGGUCGCCAUCCGAGAAUGCCAGCGAUGAGCACAAAACCCUUGGGGACUGGAAGAAGAAAACGCGAUGCGCCAAGGCUAUUCGAGAGAUUGACGAGGUUGUGCGCAAGACCUGUGAGUUUUCACAACGCAGUGUAUCGAAUCUAUUCGCUGUCAGGAAGGAAGUCCAGGCUGUUUACACUAUGCCACAGCUACGCAAGGUGUACGACACCACCAUGGAUUUCGUUGUCAGUAUCGAAAAGCUGACGGGUAAGACGGACUACACGCUUCGCGGUGCAUUGUUCUCGCAGUUGAAGCUGUUCCUGGAGAAGUACCACCAAACGCAAGUGACGAAGCUGGUAUCGACAUUGGAUCACGAGCUUUGGAAAAACACUGAGGUCUCGGAGACGCGCCAUAAAUCCCUCGAAGAUCUCUCGAGUGGAAGGGGUGUCGCUUUGCUACUAUCCGAUGAUCGAGAAAUCGCUGGUGAAACAGCACCCCCACGCAAGAUGGUGGCCAUUUGUGGCAAAUCCUUCCGGGUUGUCUGGUCGGUUCUUCUCAUGUUGGAGAUCGUGAUGAAUUAUAUGUCUUGCGCUGCCAACUUCCCUGUUCUAGCAACGGAUGUACUUCAGCGCUCUAUCGAGAUUUUCCGGUUAUUUAACUCUCGGACAACGCAACUUGUGCUUGGAGCUGGUGCGAUGCAAAUUGCACGCCUCAAAAGCAUUUCCGCUAGGCAUUUAGCUUUGGCGUCGCAAUCCCUGGAGCUGUCGAUGACUCUCAUCCCUCACAUCAAGGCUGCCUUGGCGGCGCAUUUCACCGAUCGCCAGAAAUUGCUGUUGGACGAAUUCGACCGUGUGCUGCGAGACUAUGCUGAGCACAACGAGAAGAUUUUUAGCAAGUUUACAAGUAUCGUGGAAGACCAGAUCAUGAAGCGCUUCCUGGAGAAUGUAGCCACUGAGGUUGACUACGAUUCUGCCAGCCUUGCAGUGCCUUCGAAUCCUAUGCGCGGUAUCACGCAGAGCACGCUGAAGCUCCAUGCAGUGCUCCAUCCCGUCCUGUCGCCGCCUCAGAUGAAGGACGUGAUGUCGCGCGUGUUCGACAUGUUUACCCAGAAGCUUCCGGAGUGCUUCAAGCUUGUCCAGCCACGAACAGCGGCGGGCAAGAAACGUGUUGUGGAAGAUGUCGAAGUGUUCGUACAGAGCUUCAAGGAGGUGACCGAGCUGGCUUUCGACGGCGCAGCCCUCUUGAACCACUUUAAGAACUCUUACAAUGUGUCCUAG